AUGCCCGCCAAGCCAGCCUCCAUUAACCAGCCAGAAGACAACUCCCCACCCAGUUACCACACAAGCAUGCCAGAAUACGUGUGCCAACGCCGGCCGCUGACCGUCAGAUUCGCAGACUUAGGAUGGAGCGACUACAUACUCGCUCUAUACGACUACGACGCUGGCUACUGUUCCGGCGAGUGUCUACCCCAGAACCUCCCGAACACGACGGGCCACGCAAUCAUACAAACACUCAAGAGGAAAAUACAGGACGCUGUGCCGAGACCGUGCUGCGUGCCGACCGAGUUUGAGCCGAUUGCUUUGUUAUAUAUUUCAGAGGAAAGAGAUGUGGUGAUUAGAAAUUUUUCGGACAUGAAAGUUAAGAGUUGCGGUUGCCGAUAA